AUGCGCGUAGGGCCUAGUCAUCCCUCUACAUUGAUUGGUUGCCUGGCCGCCAGACUUGCAGUGGUGCUUCAGGAAAAGGGCAAGCCCAUCGCCCCUUUGCUGCGUGUAUGCGUCCAUGCUCCACCCAUCCCCGUUCACUCCCUGCCUUCGCACCUCCUGGGCGUCCCGCCUCUCCUCCUCCCUGCCUCCCUCCCUGCCAUACAGGUGCUAGGUCGCCUGGCGUCACGGCUGUCAGUGGUGCUACAGGGGAAGGACAAGCCCAUCUACUCGCCCAGCAUCGACAAGGGCGACGUGUGCAUCGUGGUGAACGCAGAUAAGAUUGCAGUGACGGGUGACAAGAUGAAGCAGAAGACAUACAGAUGGCACACAGGUUACAUCGGAGGGCUGAAGGAGCGCACUCUCAAGGACCAGAUGGCGAAGGACCCAAAGGAGGUCAUUCGCAAAGCAGUGCUGCGCAUGCUGCCUCGCAACCGACUCGUUGAUCCACGAAUGACGAAGCUGAGAAUAUUUGAGGGGGACAGUCACCCAUUCGGAGACAUGCCUGUAAGGGAGGAGGCAAUGCCGCUAAGAAAUGUGAGGGAGAUGCGGCCCAGGGAGAGACGGGCCGCUGAUAAAGCCGCUCGUGCUGCCACUGCCAAGGGCCUUGGUUCAACUGAGCAAGCAAGAGCAGCAGGGGAAGCGUAG